AACGACGCAAACCGCAUGAAAAUCAAUAAUUUUUGGAUUAGUAGCUGUUUUGUGUUCGAAAUUUCGGCAAAGCAAAGGAUUCAAAACAAAAGCUGCCGCAGUUGCAAUAGCAAAGAUGAAUUGAUUUAGCAAAGAGUAAAUUUUAAGGGUAUUUCCAUUGAAAGCCCAAUUGGGUCUAAAGCAAACUCAAUGAAUAAUUCGCGAGUAACGUGUAACGUGUAAAAUCAGCAAUUCAAACGAAAAAUAACUAAAACGAAUAUCAAUCAACUUGACGCAAGCAGGAAGCACUAACAACAACAGCAACAAUACAAGGAAGAACAACUGAGGCAGCAACAACACCAACCACAACAACGCUCAACGCGUGCCACCAGUCAAAAAAUGGCGGCACGACGUUGCCCGUUGGCGCCCAUGGGGCGAGGAGGAUAUCAACCGCAAAGAAUACGCAUUAAGAGCAUGCCACAUAUGUGGCUGCCAAUGAUGCUGGCACUGUUGCUACUAACUGUGGCAACAACAGCCGACCAACAACAGCAACAACAGCCCCCAACCAGCUAUGCCGGACUCAGUGCAGAGAAUGCAGCUCGAAUGCUCGCUGGCAGUCCGGGCGAUGUGGAAAGUACCUUGCCCCAACAGCAGCAUGAACAACACCAGCAGCAGCACAGUGAUAUGUCGCUAGUGUUGCCACACGAUACGUAUCCGGGAUUUAGCAUCAAGAAAUUCAAAACGCAUCCGCUGCAACAGCCACGGCAACACAAUAAGACAGCAGCAACAGCAACUGCUGCUGGAAAUGCUGCCUAUCACAUGCUGGACAGCGAUUACUCCAAAUAUUUCACUGUGCUCGAUGAUGGCGUUGUUAUGACCACGGCGGAUAUAUCGCCGCUGAUUAAUCGUCCCGUGCAACUGAUUGUUGUCGAACAGACGCCGAAUGCCACAAAUACGCACAACUUGCAGCUGUUUGUGAUGCAUCGCAAGGAUAUGCUGCGCUUCUCGGGCUCCCUGCUCGAUGCCAGCGGUGAGGUGCGUGAAAAUCAUCCAGCUGGCACGCGAGUAAGGGGCGUGCCCCUAAUGCAGGCAUUUAGCGGCUCCAUCUUGGAUGAGGAGUUGGCCAAGCCGAAGAAGGUGCGCUACACCAUCAUCGAUGGUAAUGUGAACGAUGCCUUUGCCCUGCAGGAGCGUCGUGCCAAUCAGAAUGUCCAGUCCAAUGCCAAGUCCUUGACAAUUGAGGGCGAUGAUGAGUCGGGUGUGUGGCUGGUCACCAAUCGUCCCUUGGAUAGGGAGGAGCGUGCCCAUUACGAUCUCUCCGUGGAGGCAUCCGAUGUGGGUGGCCUUGAUAAGACAGUGUCGAAAAUACAAAUCACAGUGCUCGAUGAGAACGAUAAUCGACCCGUCUUCAAAUCGCAGGACUAUAAAUUCGCCAUCGCCGGCAAGAAGUCACAGAAUAUGGAGGGCAACAAUAGCAUUAGUUGGCAACGAUUUGCGAUUUUGGGUAAAGUGGAGGCAACCGAUGCCGAUGGCGAUAAAAUUGCCUAUCGCUUGAAAUCGCCCAGCAAUGUGGUCAUCAUCGUGCCCCAAACGGGUGAACUAAUGUUGGCCGGAGAACCAUCCACAAGUGAACUGCUCCUCGAGGUGAUUGCCCACGAUCUACGCUAUCCCAGUCUGCUCAGCGCUCAGCCAGCGAAGGUGCUGCUUGAAUUCCUGGCACCCGAACCGGUCUCGUUCAUCAUGCAACACUUGGAGCACGAUGAGGUCAAUGCCCAUUCGCAUCAUCGUGAAAAGCGACGCGUGACACGAGCUGUCCGUCCCACAAAGCGUAUCGAAUUCACCGAAGCCGAUGGCGAUACCGAAGGCAAAUCCGUGUUCCAACUGGAGAAAGAAACGGACAAGGAGACGUUCAAAAUACGCGACGAUAAUCCCUGGGUAACGGUCGAAACAAAUGGCGCCGUGCGUGUCAAGAAGAAGUGGGACUACGAGGAACUGGGCCCAGAUAAGACCAUCGAUUUUUGGGUCAUCAUCACGAAUAUGGGACAUAAUGCUGGCAUCAAGUACACGGACAACCAGCGUGUGAUUAUCCUUGUCAAGGAUGUGAACGAUGAGCCGCCGUACUUCAUCAAUCGACCCCUGCCCAUGCAGGCGGUGGUCCAACUGAAUGCACCACCCAACACGCCAGUGUUUACGCUGCAGGCACGCGAUCCCGACACCGAUCACAAUAUACACUAUUUUAUUGUACGAGAUCGGACCGGCGGCCGUUUCGAGGUGGACGAGAGAUCGGGUGUGGUGCGAACACGGGGCACAGAUCUCUUCCAGCUGGACAUGGAGUAUGUGCUGUAUGUGAAGGCCGAGGAUCAGAAUGGCAAGGUCGAUGAUCGUCGCUUCCAGAGCACGCCCGAGGAGCGUUUGUCGAUUGUGGGCGGCAAGCGAGCCCCACAAUUCUAUAUGCCCGGCUACGAGGCCGAGAUACCCGAGAACCAGAAAAAGGACUCCGACAUCAUUUCGGUGAAGGCGAAAUCGUUUGCGGACCGAGAAAUCCGUUAUACGCUGAAGGCGCAGGGUCAGGGUGCUGGCACCUUCAACAUUGGACCCUCGUCGGGCAUUGUCAAGCUGGCCAAGGAGCUGGACUUUGAGGACCUGCGGCAGCCGCAUGUCUACACACUGAUUGUGACAGCCACCGAGGACUCGGGCGGCUUUUCCACGUCCGUUGAGCUCACAAUACGCGUCACAGAUGUCAAUGACAAUGCGCCCAAAUUCGAGCUGCCCGAUUAUCAGGCACACAACGUCGACGAGGAUAUUCCCCUGGGCACCAGCAUCCUGCGGGUGAAGGCAAUGGAUUCGGAUUCGGGUGCGAAUGCCGAGAUCGAAUAUCUUGUCUCCGAUGAUCAUUUUGCGGUCGAUUCGAAUGGCAUCAUUGUGAACAAUAAACAACUCGAUGCGGACAAUAAUAAUGCAUACUAUGAGUUUAUUGUGACCGCCAAGGAUAAAGGAGAACCUCCCAAAUCGGGCACGGCAACUGUUCGUGUUUACACGAAGAACAAAAACGACGAGGAACCAAAGUUCUCGCAACAGGUUUACACACCGAAUGUGGAUGAGAAUGCCGGUCCGAAUACUUUGGUCACCACUGUGGUUGCCUCCGACAAGGAUGGGGAUAAUGUGCGCUUUGGUUUCGUUGGUGGCGGCACCUCGUCGGGUCAGUUUGUCAUCGAGGACAUCACGGGCGUCAUCCGAUUGCACAACAAGGCCAUCUCCCUCGAUCGGGAUAAGUACGAGUUGAAUGUGACAGCGAUGGACGACGGUUCGUGCUGUGUGAAUGGUGAUCAGACAAUUCACACCUCGACGGCUGUUGUCGUCGUCUUCAUCACCGAUGUCAACGAUAAUAAGCCCGUGUUCAAAGAUUGCGGCACCUAUUAUCCCAAAGUUGAGGAGGGCGCCCCCAAUGGCAGUCCUGUCAUCAAAGUUGUCGCCACCGAUGAGGAUAAGGGCGUCAAUGGACAGGUUAAAUACUCGAUUGUACAGCAACCGAAUCAGAAGGGCACCAAAUUCACCGUUGACGAGGAAACCGGCGAAGUUUCGACCAACAAAGUCUUCGACCGGGAAGGGGAUGAUGGUAAAUUUGUAUCCGUAACGGUGAAGGCAACCGAUCAGGGUGAUCCCAGCUUGGAGGGUGUCUGCUCCUUCACCGUGGAGAUCACCGAUGUCAACGAUAAUCCGCCACUCUUCGAUCGACAGAAAUAUGUGGAGAAUGUGAAACAGGAUGCGAGCAUUGGCACAAAUAUACUGCGCGUGUCUGCCUCCGAUGAGGAUGCCGAUAAUAACGGCGCCAUCGUCUAUAGCCUGAGCGCUCCUUUCAAUCCCAACGAUCUGGAAUACUUUGACAUACAAGCCGAAUCCGGUUGGAUAGUGCUGAAGAAGCCGCUUGACGGUUGUUAUCCUCGCGAUCGUUAUCGUCUGCGCGUUCGCGCCUCGGAUCGUGGCGAUCCGCCCUCAUAUGCCGAUGUCGAUGUUGAGUUAGAUGUCGUCGAUCGCAAUAAUAAGCCGCCCAUUUGGGAUAAGAGCAUUUAUGGGCCGAUUCAUAUACGCGAGAAUGUCACUGUGGGUACGGUUGUAACAUCGGUUAAGGCAAGUUCGGGAAUUGAGGGCAAUCCGACGGUUUUCUAUAGAUUAAUGCCCGGCUCGACGGCACAGACGAACAAGUUUCACACAUUCUAUCUGCAACAGAGACCGGACAAUGGCGACACCUGGGCGGACAUAAAGGUCAAUCAUCCGCUCGACUACGAGAGCAUCAAGGAGUACAAUCUGACCAUACGCGUCGAGAACAAUGGCGCCCAGCAAUUGGCAUCGGAAGCGACCGUUUACAUAAUGCUCGAGGAUGUUAAUGACGAAAUACCGUUAUUCACCGAACGCGAACAGGAAACGGUGCUGGAGGGCGAACCGAUUGGCACCAAAGUGACACAAGUGAAUGCCAUCGACAAGGAUGGCACAUUCCCAAAUAAUCAGGUUUAUUACUACAUUGUCGACUCGCCGCGAAACGAGGGCAAAGAAUUUUUUGAAAUUAAUCUGCAAAGCGGCGAAAUCUUCACCAAAACCGUGUUCGACAGGGAGAAGAAGGGCGCCUACGCCCUCGAGGUGGAGGCCCGCGACGGAGCGCCAUCUGCCCGACCCAACAGCAAUGGACCCAAUUCAGUCACCAAAUUCAUACGCAUUGGCAUCGCCGAUAAGAACGAUAAUCCGCCCUAUUUCGACAAAUCGCUGUACGAGGCGGAAGUGGAUGAGAACGAGGACAUUCAGCACACAGUGCUCACUGUGACAGCCAAGGAUCACGAUGAGUCCUCACGUAUUCGCUAUGAAAUCACCAGCGGCAACAUUGGCGGCGCUUUUGCGGUUAAAAAUAUGACGGGUGCCAUUUAUGUGGCCGGCGCUUUGGAUUAUGAAACGCGACGCAGGUAUGAGCUGCGUUUGGCCGCCUCCGAUAAUCUGAAGGAGAACUAUACGACAGUCAUCAUCCAUGUCAAGGAUGUCAAUGAUAAUCCGCCCGUGUUUGAGCGACCCACUUAUCGCACCCAAAUCACCGAAGAGGAUGAUCGCAAUUUGCCCAAGCGAGUUUUGCAGGUGACAGCCACCGAUGGCGACAAGGACCGUCCACAGAAUAUUGUUUAUUUCCUAACUGGUCAAGGCAUCGAUCCCGAUAAUCCAGCCAAUAGCAAAUUCGACAUUAAUCGCACAACAGGCGAAAUAUUUGUGCUAAAGCCGCUGGAUCGCGAUCAACCGAAUGGACGACCACAGUGGCGCUUCACUGUAUUCGCCCAGGAUGAGGGAGGCGAGGGUCUUGUCGGCUAUGCGGAUGUGCAGGUCAAUCUGAAGGAUAUCAACGAUAAUGCGCCCAUUUUCCCGCAAGGCGUCUACUUUGGCAAUGUGACAGAGAAUGGCACCGCCGGCAUGGUGGUAAUGACCAUGACUGCUGUGGACUACGAUGAUCCCAAUGAGGGUUCAAAUGCACGACUCGUCUACUCAAUUGAGAAGAAUGUGAUUGAGGAGGAGACGGGUUCGCCAAUAUUCGAAAUUGAACCGGAUACGGGUGUGAUUAAGACGGCGGUUUGUUGUUUGGAUCGGGAACGUACGCCGGAUUAUUCGAUACAGGUGGUUGCCAUGGAUGGCGGGGGGUUAAAGGGCACGGGCACGGCGUCUAUACGUGUCAAGGAUAUUAAUGACAUGCCGCCGCAGUUCACCAAGGACGAAUGGUUCACCGAGGUGGACGAAACGGAUGGCACCGCCCUGCCCGAAAUGCCCAUACUCACUGUGACCGUCCACGACGAGGACGAGACGAAUAAGUUCCAGUACAAAGUUAUCGAUAACAGCGGCUAUGGCGCCGAUAAGUUUACCAUGGUGCGCAACAAUGAUGGCACUGGUUCGCUCAAGAUUGUGCAACCCCUGGACUAUGAGGAUCAGUUGCAGAGCAACGGUUUCCGCUUCCGCAUCCAAGUGAACGAUAAGGGCGAGGACAACGAUAACGAUAAGUAUCAUGUGGCCUACUCGUGGGUCGUCGUCAAGCUGCGCGAUAUCAACGAUAACAAGCCGCACUUUGAGCGCGCCAACGUUGAGGUCUCUGUAUUUGAGGACACCAAAGUGGGCACCGAAUUGGAGAAGUUCAAGGCCACCGAUCCAGAUCAGGGCGGCAAGAGCAAGGUCAGCUACUCGAUAGAUCGCUCCUCGGAUCGUCAGCGACAGUUUGCCAUCAAUCAGAAUGGUUCCGUGACCAUUCAACGCUCCCUCGAUCGUGAAGUGGUGCCCCGCCAUCAAGUCAAGAUUUUGGCCAUCGAUGAUGGCUCUCCACCAAAGACGGCGACGGCAACCCUAACGGUUAUCGUCCAGGAUAUUAAUGAUAAUGCACCCAAGUUCUUGAAGGACUACAGACCAGUGUUGCCCGAACAUGUGCCACCAAGGAAAGUCGUCGAAAUUCUCGCCACAGACGAUGAUGAUCGCUCCAAGAGCAAUGGACCACCCUUCCAGUUCCGUUUGGAUCCCAGUGCCGAUGAUAUUAUACGCGCCUCCUUCAAGGUCGAACAGGAUCAAAAGGGCGCCAAUGGUGAUGGCAUGGCUGUGAUCUCAUCGUUGCGCUCCUUCGAUCGGGAGCAGCAGAAGGAGUACAUGAUACCGAUUGUGAUCAAGGAUCACGGCUCACCGGCGAUGACAGGCACCAGCACAUUGACGGUGAUCAUUGGCGAUGUGAACGAUAACAAAAUGCAGCCCGGCUCCAAGGAAAUUACCGUGUACAACUAUCAGGGACAAUCGCCAGAUACGCCAGUUGGACGCGUCUAUGUCUAUGAUUUGGACGAUUGGGAUUUGCCCGACAAGAAGUUCUACUGGGAGGCACAGGAGCAUCCGCGCUUCAAGCUGGACGAAGACUCCGGCAUGGUCACAAUGCGAGCGGGCACUCGAGAGGGUCGCUAUCAUCUCCGAUUCAAGGUCUACGAUCGCAAACACACCCAGACCGAUGUGCCAGCAAAUGUAACCGUCAUAGUUCGGGAAAUACCCCACGAGGCUGUCAUCAAUUCGGGAUCGGUGCGCUUGUCGGGCAUCUCCGAUGAGGACUUUAUACGCAUUUGGAACUAUCGCACCCAGAGUUUGAGUCGCUCCAAGAUGGAUCGUUUCCGGGAUAAGUUGGCCGACUUACUCAACACGGAGCGUGAGAAUGUGGACAUAUUUAGUGUGCAACUGAAGCGUCGCAAUCCACCAUUGACCGAUGUGCGAUUCUCGGCACACGGUUCGCCGUAUUACAAGCCGGUGCGGCUCAACGGAAUUGUGCUGAUGCAUCGCGAGGAGAUCGAAAAGGAUGUGGGCAUCAACAUCACCAUGGUCGGCAUCGAUGAGUGCCUCUACGAGAAUCAGAUGUGCGAAGGCAGCUGCACCAACGCACUCGAAAUCAGUUCGCUCCCGUACAUGGUGAAUGCGAACAAGACGGCGCUGGUCGGUGUGCGAGUGGACACGAUUGCCGAUUGUACGUGUGGUGCGAGGAACUUCACCAAGCCCGAAUCGUGUCGCACCACUCCCUGUCACAAUGGUGGUCGCUGUGUGGACACACGCUUCGGACCCCACUGCUCGUGUCCGGCCGGGUAUACGGGUCCGCGCUGUCAGCAGACGACGCGCAGUUUCCGUGGCAAUGGAUGGGCCUGGUAUCCACCCUUGGAGAUGUGCGACGAAUCCCAUUUGAGUCUGGAGUUUAUUACACGCAAACCGGAUGGUCUGAUCAUCUAUAAUGGACCGAUUGUGCCGCCCGAACGGGAUGAGAUGCUCAUCUCGGACUUUGUCGCCCUGGAACUGGAGCGUGGCUAUCCACGAUUGCUCAUCGACUUUGGCUCUGGCACGCUCGAGUUGCGUGUGAAGACGAAGAAAACCUUGGAUGAUGGCGAAUGGCAUCGCAUCGACUUGUUCUGGGAUACGGAGGAUGUGCGCAUGGUCGUGGAUUUCUGUAAAUCGGCUGAUAUCAGUGAAAUGGAGGAUGGCACCCCACCCGAAUUCGAUGAUACCUCGUGUCAGGCCCGUGGUGCAAUUCCGCCCUUCAGCGAGUAUCUGAAUGUGAAUGCCCCACUGCAAGUGGGCGGUUUGUAUCGGGAACAGUUUGAGCAAUCGCUCUACUUCUGGCACUAUAUGCCCACGGCAAAGGGUUUCGAUGGCUGCAUCCGGAAUCUGGUGCACAACUCCAAGCUCUACGAUCUGGCGCAUCCGGGACUGAGCAGGAACAGUGUCGCUGGCUGUCCCCAGACGGAGGAGGUUUGUGCUCAGACGGAGACCACAGCACGCUGUUGGGAGCAUGGCAAUUGUGUGGGUUCGUUGUCGGAGGCACGUUGUCAUUGUCGACCAGGUUGGACGGGUCCCGCUUGCAAUAUACCCACCGUGCCGACCACCUUCAAGGCACAGAGUUAUGUCAAAUAUGCGUUGAGUUUCGAACCGGAUCGCUUUAGUACACAGGUUCAGUUGCGGUUCCGCACCCGGGAGGAGCAUGGGGAACUGUUUCGUGUGAGUGAUCAGCAUAAUCGGGAAUAUGGCAUACUGGAGAUUAAAGAGGCACGAUUGCACUUCCGCUACAAUCUCAAUUCACUGCGCACCGAGGAGAAGGACUUGUGGCUCAAUUCGGUUGCCGUCAACGACGGUCAGUGGCAUGUGGUGCGCAUUAAUCGCUAUGGUUCCGCAGCCACCUUGGAACUGGAUGGCGGCGAGGGCAGGCGCUAUAAUGAAACAUUCGAAUUUGCCGGACAUCAGUGGCUGCUGGUCGAUAAGCAGGAGGGUGUCUAUGCGGGCGGCAAGGCUGAAUAUACCGGUGUGCGCACCUUUGAAGUCUAUGCGGAUUAUCAGAAGAGCUGUCUCGACGAUAUACGUCUGGAGGGCAAACAUCUGCCGUUGCCACCGGCGAUGAAUGGCACACAAUGGGGCCAGGCGACAAUGGCGCGCAAUUUGGAGAAGGGUUGCCCCUCGAACAAGCCCUGCUCGAAUGUCAUCUGCCCCGAUCCCUUCGAGUGUGUGGAUCUCUGGAAUGUCUAUGAGUGCACUUGCGGCGAGGGACGGAUCAUGUCGCCCGAUUCAAAGGGCUGCAUGGAUCGCAACGAGUGCCUCGAUAUGCCCUGCAUGAAUGGUGCCACAUGCAUCAAUCUGGAGCCGCGUCUCCGCUAUCGCUGCAUUUGCCCCGACGGCUUCUGGGGCGAGAGCUGUGAACUGGUGCAGGAGGGUCAGACCCUCAAGCUGAGCAUGGGCGCCCUGGCGGCCAUUCUCGUUUGCCUGCUGAUCAUACUGAUACUCGUUCUGGUCUUUGUGGUCUACAAUCGACGCCGCGAGGCGCAUAUCAAAUACCCGGGACCCGAUGACGAUGUUCGCGAGAAUAUUAUCAACUAUGACGAUGAGGGCGGCGGCGAGGAUGAUAUGACUGCUUUCGAUAUAACACCACUGCAGAUACCGAUUGGUGGACCAAUGCCACCAGAACUGGCUCCCAUGAAGAUGCCAAUAAUGUAUCCGGUGAUGCAGCUAAUGCCCGGCCAGGAGCCAAACGUGGGCAUGUUCAUCGAGGAGCAUAAAAAGCGGGCCGAUGGCGAUCCGAAUGCGCCCCCCUUCGAUGAUUUGCGCAAUUACGCGUAUGAAGGCGGCGGCAGCACGGCCGGUUCGCUCAGCUCGUUGGCCUCAGGCACCGAUGAUGAGCAGCAGGAGUAUGACUACCUCGGCGCCUGGGGGCCCCGAUUCGAUAAGCUGGCCAACAUGUAUGGCCCUGAGGCGCCCAAUCCGCAUAAUACCGAGCUCGAAUUGUAAGUUUCCAGCCAAGUCCAACCAAAUGAGAGACGAUUAUGAGGAAAGCGCAGUUAAGUGGCCACAAAAGUUGCAUUUAAAGAAAGUACUAAACGAGAGAUGAGGUUAGGAUAAAUCGUAGGCAUCGUUGAUACCCACAGCUGACUCAGACACAAAGAAGCGCAACCAAAGAAGCAUGGCAAAAGCAACAUUAAGUUAAAACAAAACAAAAAAGCGAAAACUCUAAAACAAU